AUGCCAGCAACAAGCCACCAGCCAGCCGGCCACCAGCCAGCCACUAGCCAGUCAGCCACCAGCCACCAGCAAGCCACAGCCACCAGCCAGCCAGCAUACAGCCACCAGCCAGCCAGCCACCAGCCAGCCACCAGCCAGCCACCAGCCAGUCACCAUCCAGUUACCAGCAAGAUGGCCAGCCUUCCAGCCACCAGCCAGUCGCCAGCCAGCCAGACAGCAGCCAGCCAUUCACCAGCCAGCCACCAGCCUGCCACCAGCCAAACAGCCAGCCACCAGUCAGACACCAUCCAGCCAGCCGCCAUCCAGACACCAGCCACCAGCCAGACAGUCAGCCACCAGCAAGCCACCAGCCAGCCGGCCACCAGCCAGCCACUAGCCAGUCAGCCACCAGCCACCAGCAAGCCAGCCAACAGCCAGCCAUCCAGCUUACAGCCGGCCACCAGACAGCAACAAGCCACCAACCAGCCAGCCAGCCGGCCACCAGCCAGCCACAGCCACCAGCCAGCCACAGCCACCAGCCAGCCACAGCCACCAGCCAGCCAGCAUACAGCCACCAGCCAGCCACCAGCCAGCCACCAGCCAGCCACCAGCCAGUCACCAUCCAGUUACCAGCAAGAUGGCCAGCCUUCCAGCCACCAGCCAGUCGCCAGCCAGCCAGACAGCAGCCAGCCAUUCACCAGCCAGCCACCAGCCUGCCACCAGCCAAACAGCCAGCCACCAUCAGCCUGCCAGCCAGCCAGCCACCAGCCAGCCACCAGCCACCAGCCUGCCACCAGCCAGCCACCAGCCAGUCACCAGUCAGCCACGAUCCAGUUAUCAGCCUGCCGGCCAGCCUUCCAGCCACUAGUUGGCCCCCAGCCAGCCAGUCAGCCACCAGCAAGCCACCAGUCAGCCAGCCAGCCACCCAACAGCCAGUCACCCAGCCACCAGCCAGACAGCAUGCCAGCCAGCCACCAGUCAGCCAGCCAGCCACCAGCCACCCAACAGCCAGUCACCCAGCCACCAGCCAUACAGAGUGCCAGUCAGCCACUAGCCUGCCAGCAGCCAGCCACCAACCAGCCACCAGCAAACCAGCCUCCAGCCAGCCAGAAACCAUCCAGCCACCAGAAAGCCAGGCUCCAGCCAGCCAACAAGCCACCAGCCAGCCAGCCUGCCACCAGCCAGCCAGCCACCAGCCUGCCAGCCAGCAAUCCAGACACCAGCCACCAGCAAGCCAGCAACCAGCCAGUCAGCCAGCAGCCAGCCAUUAGCCUCCAACCUGCCACCAACCUGCCAGCCAGCCAGCAGCCAGCACCAGCCAGUUACCAGCCAGCCACCAGCCACCAGCCAGCCAGCAACCAGCCAGUAAGCCAGCAGCCAGCCACUAGCCUCCAACCUGCCACCAGCCUGCCAGCCAGGCUUCCAGCAACCUGCCAGCCACAAGACAGUUACCAGCAGGCCAGCCAGCCAGCAGCCAGUCAGCCAGCCUGCCAUUAA